AGUAGGGUUCGGAAGGAGAGCGAUUGUUUGUGACGCGCCCGAAGCCUCUUAGUUAGUCGUGCAGCGAUAGCCUAUUGCACUGGUUGCCAUACUAUCGGCCGCCAUCAGUUACCGGCUGCCCGUCUUCAUCGCCGCCUCUCGCUUUCCGCCGUUAACUUCCGCCUUACUCCCAGCUUGCGCGACCAGCAUCCACCAACUCACGUCCCAUCGAUCCAUCGAGUGCCAUCCGCACUUUCAAUCACAUCUCGCUUCAGUCACCUCUCGCUUUAGUCACAUCUCGCGCAGUCCCACCUCGCUAUAAGCACCCGAGCAUGGCGGCGUCAGGCUUCACGCCGUGGUGGAUGGGGAAGGCGGGGGAGGGCGAGGAGCAGAGCUGUCCCACGAUGAACCGCCUCUUCGACCUCAGCCAGGGCCGCGAGUCGCCGCUGCCGCGCUGGACCAAAGCCGACAUUGAAGCGUUCGCCAAGGAGGACCCGGUGCACGGCAACCAGGUGCUUCUGUCGCGCCAGGCUUCGCUGAUCGCGACUGGCGGAGCGGCGGUGGGCGGAUUGGCGCUGGCUGCUUACAACUACCGCUACUCGCGGAGCAUUGGGGGUGCUUUCCUCACCCUCGUGGUGGGGGCAGUGACCAGCUGGGCUGUCUCAGAGGAGGCAGCCAACAUUGGGCUGGGUCUUUAUAAGUUCAGCCCCAUGGACGCCAAUUUCAAGUUCAUCGACUGGUGGGCUGCCAAGCACCCUGAAGUCCCUGCUGCUGAAGUGACUAGCGCCUAAAGUAUCGAUAUUAUGUUACAUGGAUCUUUCAACAUGCCUCCCUCCCUAAGAUACGUGAAGUACAGUGCUGUUUAUAUGAUGUAAUCAAGCGAUUGUAUUAGGCAUGCGGAAGUGUACAAACUGAGUGAAUUUCCUACUGUAUCAUACAGUAAAACCCUUGCAGCUGC